AUGGCAGCUAAGUUCAUCGUCUUCCUCUGCGCUAUCGCCACCGCGCGUGCUGGUGGUUUGUAUGGAGCUUCAUAUGGAGCGACAUAUGCUGCACCUGUAGCGUCAUAUGCAGCAGCUCCUAUCGCUACCUAUGCUGCUGCCCCAGCUGUAUACAAGACCUAUGCCGCCCCAGCCAUACAGGCGUAUUCUGCUCCAGCAGUAUCUUAUUCGGCACCAUUGGUCAAAGCAGUUGCUCCAGCAGUAUCUUACUCAGCACCAUUGGUGAAAGCGGUCGCUCCAGCUGUUUCGACUAUCUCAUCUUACUCAACCCACACCUCACACGGUACCCCAGUGGUAGCUAAAGCUAUCGCUCCCGUAGCCAUCCAGGCUGCACCAGCAGUAUCUUAUGCUGCUGCUCCCGUUAUUAAGAGUUAUGCUGCACCAGCGAUAUCUUACGCAGCACCCGCUAUUUCUUCUUAUGCCGCAGCUCCUGUGAUUAAGAGUUACGCAGCCCCGGCCUACCAAGCAUACUCUGCUCCAGCAGUAUCGUACGCUGCCCCCAUUUCUUAUGCAUCCGCUCCUCUUAUCAAAUCUACUAUUGCUCCUGCUGUCACAUAUGCCGCUGCAGCACCAGUACUGACCAAGUCCAUCGCACCAGCUGUGUCGUAUUCUUCAGUAUCCAGUCACGCUAGCCCAAUUACCUACGCUGCUGGACCUGUGUAUGCAAAGGCUAUCGCUCCAGCUGUAGCUUAUUCAUCAAUCGGUCACGGUGCUCAUUUAGGAUAUGCUUCUAGCCCCAUUAUUGCCAAAACUUACGCUGCUCCUGCAGUCACACAUUACGCCGCAGCUCCCGUGCUCAAGUCGGCUAUAACUUACUCUGCUGCACCCGCCGUUUCACAUGUUUCCUACACCGGUUUAGGAGCUAGCUAUGGAUGGUAA